AUGUCUCAUCCCCCACCUCCCCCUUCCUCUUCAGGAGCUCCCGACUACAUGGGCGGCAGCUUUUUCCACUACGCUCCUUCUUCAAGCCACCACUAUUCCUUGCAGCAUGGAUCACCGCCCCCGCCACAGCGGCCGCCUUCUUUCCAGCAGACCAUCUCGUUCCAAGAACCAACUCGACCUCCAAUGCAUCAGCAGCAGCCGCCACCUGGAAAUGGGCCCUUUCCCCCUCCAUCCCACGCGCCUCCCUUGUCCGCCCAGGCCAAGUACGAUCACAAGCCGAGCGCCACAGGGGCCAUGCUCGAAGACAACCUACCCGUUCUCUCCCAGCAGUAUGACCCUGAAAGCGGCUUCUCAGCCGCCAACCCGAACCCCAACUUUCGGAGGAAGAAGUCGCUCGUCCGACCGGAUCGCGAGCGCAUGGAUCCAAAUCAUCGCCAAUGGUACUAUCGUAACCAUGCAGCACAGAUGGAGCAGGCUGGCACCGGGCAGCCGAGCAGGGUGGGAUACAUGCCGUCCACGACGGGGCACCUGCCGCAGCACGGCGCCAUGCCUGGAGGUGCUGGGAUCGACAGCAUGGUCGGCCCAGGAGGCGGCCUGAGCGGGCUCGGGAUGCUUCCCGCGAACAACCCUGGCGGCCUCGGCGUGCUGCAUCCCAACGUGCCUCCGGGAGGUCUUGGGCGAGCUCCGCCGCCUGGGGCUGGCGGCGGCCUCCGAAGGGGCAAGUCCAUCUUGGGCAGGGAUGAGGACCAAGUGGAGAGCGCGAUCAAUGUGCUCAAACGCGGCGUCUCCCUCCGCCGCUCCAAGAGCCAGGGCGAUAAGCGCGAAGUCCCCCGAGAUCUGGGCGACUACAAGCAAUCCAGCAUCGCACCUGGUCCCGUAGGCCCCUGGAUGAUCUACUGCUAUAUCCUGACCAUCUGCUGUCCGUCUCCGUUUCUCAAGUGCUUUGGGAUUCGCACGCCGGAGCAGCAGCGCGCAUGGCGAGAAAAGUUGGGCCUCAUCGGUAUCAUCGCCCUCAGCAUGGGGGCCGUCGGUUUCCUCACCUUUGGCUUCACGCAGACUGUCUGCCCCAAGCCACCCAACCGCUACGUCGCUGGUGAUAUCGACCUGGGCUCGACCACCCUCUACGGCUAUGACUACGACUUCAACAGGUUCUACCAUCCACAAACCGGUAUUUUCAACGCCAGCGGUCCCGCGAACCAUACUGCCAUCGCCUACUCGGAACCGUGGCUCACUGGUGGCCGAGACGCCAGUCUGCUCUUCCAGCGCGUCGACGGCGCUUGCAGCAAAGUCAUCACCCUCAAGGCUGGCUCCACUGCGGCGAAGAGCGCAGCCGGCGGUCCGGCCAACUACUUCCCUUGCUACAUCAUCAACGGUAACAGCUCAACCACCUUUUACAAGGGCAAUACCCCCACCGAAAUGUGCCACUCGAGCAGCGUGCGCACCGAUUUCAUGGGCAAGCAGAGCGGCGCCGGGUGGGCGCAGCAGGGUCAGGUCUACUUUACUUGGGAUAACAUCACCAACACCGCGAGGAACUUAGUCGUAUGGAAGGGUGCUGUGCUCGACUUUGACAGGCUGCAGUUGAUCGAUACGGCCAAUGUCAACUACCCGGCCCUCUUCGACCAGGUCAAAAAGAGGAACGAGACGUGGGCCGGGCGCGAUGUCACGGCAUCGGUCAUGCGCUCGAAGCAGGACAGCGUGCUGCAAUGCCUCAAGCAGAUUGUCCAGGUCGGCUUUGUCGACUCCGAGUCGAUCGGCUGCGUAGCCAGCGAGGUCGAGCUGUACAUCUCGCUCGUCUUCAUCAUCGGCGUCGUUGCCAUCAAGUUCCUCAUGGCGGUCAUCUUUGGCUGGUUCCUCUCCUGGCGCCUCGGCACGUACGGCAAGAGCCAGACCUACGAGCAGCGCAUGAAGCGCGCCGCAGAGAUCGAACAGUGGUCCAACGACAUCUACCGCCCUGCGCCGGCCGGCUACCGUCCCAAUGCGCGCAAGUCGCGCGCCUUCCUCCCGUCCACCAGCCGCUUCAGCACGGUCAACCCGCUUAUGAGCAACCCGGCCAAGAACAGUUCGCCCAGCCGUGGCGCCGCCGGCGCCAGUGGCUCAUCAGCGUCGGAGAAGGGAGGCGGCAACCGCAGCCCCGCUACACGUGUGUCCCGACUCGGCUUUAGCUCCCCACGCGACUCGCCGCCUGGCUCCCCUUCGCUGCAUGGCGCGCGUAGCACAGCAUCACUCACGGGUGCAGCGAACAACAAGGAGUGGUACGCCGGCUCGCGGCGUUCGUCCGUAUCGGAUUCGCAGAACGGCCUCAGCGUUUGUCCGUUCCCGUUGAACAACGUUGUUCCUCAGCCUGCAUCCGACUACCAGCCGUUCGGCUUCCCGCUGGCGCAGUCCAUCUGCCUGGUCACUGCAUACUCUGAAUCUUUCGAAGGUCUCCGGACUACCCUCGACUCGCUCGCCACGACAGACUACCCGAACAGCCACAAGGUCUUGCUCGUCAUUGCCGACGGUAUCGUCAAGGGCAGCGGGUCGGACAUCAGCACGCCCGACAUCUGUCUGUCAAUGAUGAAGGAUCUUGUCCAGCCCGCCGAAGACGUCGAGGGUCACUCGUACGUUGCCAUCGCCGAUGGUCACAAGCGUCACAACAUGGCCAAGAUCUACGCCGGCUUCUACGACUACGACGACGGGACGGUCGAGCGCAGCAAGCAGCAGCGCGUUCCCAUGGUCCUCGUCGCCAAAUGCGGCACGCCACUCGAAGCCGACUCGGCUAAGCCUGGCAACCGCGGCAAGCGCGACAGUCAGGUCAUGCUGAUGGCCUUCAUGCAGAAAGUCAUGUUCGACGAGCGCAUGACCGCCUUCGAGUACAUGUUCUUUAAUUCGCUCUGGCGCGUCACAGGCGUCAGCCCGGACAACUACGAGAUUGUGCUGAUGGUCGACGCGGACACCAAAGUGUUCCCGGACAGUCUUAGUCGCAUGGUCGCUUGCAUGGUCGAGGAUACGGAGAUCAUGGGCCUCUGCGGCGAGACAAAGAUCGCGAACAAGACCGAGACGUGGGUCACGAUGAUUCAAGUAUUCGAGUACUACAUUUCGCAUCACUCGACCAAGGCCUUCGAGGCCUGCUUUGGCGGUGUCACCUGUCUUCCCGGAUGUUUCAGUGCGUACCGUAUCAAGGCGCCUAAAGGCCCGAAUGGCUACUGGGUGCCUAUCCUGGCCAACCCAGACAUUGUGGAACACUAUUCGGAAAAUGUGGUGGAUACGCUGCACAAGAAGAAUCUCUUGCUUCUGGGAGAAGAUCGGUACCUGACCACACUCAUGCUCAAGACGUUCCCCAAGCGGAAGAUGAUGUUCGUCCCGCAAGCCGUAUGCAAAACCAUCGUCCCGGAUACCUUCCGCGUGUUGCUUUCGCAGCGACGCAGAUGGAUCAACUCGACCGUGCACAACCUUGCCGAGCUGGUUAUGGUCAAUGAGCUGUGCGGUGUCUUCUGCUUCAGCAUGCGAUUCGUUAUUGCCAUGGAACUGGCUGGCACGCUAGUGUUACCGGCAGCCAUUGCAUUCACAUUCUAUGUCGCCGGUAUCGCGAUUCGCAACGCCAUUGAUCCUUCCUAUGGCCCGAUACCUGUCAUUCCGCUCGUCCUCCUAGCAGUUAUUCUUGGUCUUCCGGGUGUCCUGAUCGUGGUCACUUCGCGCAAGCUCGCAUACGUCGGCUGGAUGUUGGUCUACCUGCUUUCUUUGCCUGUUUGGAACUUUGUGCUGCCGACAUACGCCUUCUGGCAUAUGGAUGAUUUCUCUUGGGGAGCUACGCGUAUGGUGCAAGGCGAAGUCAAGGGUGAUCACGGUGAUGCUGAGGGCAAAUUCGACCCUUCCAACAUUGUCAUGAAGAGAUGGGCAGAGUUCGAGCGUGAAAGAAGACUCAAGUCAGGCACUCACUCCCGCGACUCGACGUAUGAUAUUGUGCAACGCUCCGGUUCCCCUGAUCGAGCCGGCAGCACACGUUACAGUAUGAUCUCAUCAGACACGUUCAACUCCAACCCGUCGCAGCAAGACAGCAUCUUCACACGUCCAACAACCGGCUUGCUCCACAGCGCUAACACUCAUGCACCUGAUCCUACCGAUCCCACCAAGUUUGCGAGAGCACGCCUGGACAAUGUGCCGCUGCUCGAGCUACCAGCGCCUCUUGCGCCUGACGCGACCAACAAACGCACAUCAGCUGCACCCGCUGCCGCUGGUUCCAUCGCUGUCGCAAAAAAUCGCGACUUAUCACCUGCGACAUCUAGCGUCUCUCAUACGCAGAGUAGCCACAGUGUACACGAGAGCUAUCCGCUUUCAGUAGAAUAUGCUGGCGACGAGGAGAAACGCCCGAUGAUGGGCUCGGGCGCCAGCUCCCCGGAGCUCGAGCGACAGUAUCCCGCCUUCCAGCCACUGGCCGCAGAGGUCCGACAUGGCCUUGUGUCCAGCGGGCAAGCGUACCCAGGUCUGCAGGAGGGGUCAUAUGCACAGGGUUUCUCUGCCGAACCUGAGGAGGAGCACAACCCCCAGUGGGCUGCGCCACCGGCAAAAGCUGCUGGUGCUGGUGCGCGACCCCGCGAGAUGCCCCCACCAACGGCGCCCAAUCGAGGAUUCAGUUUGGUCGACGACGGCCCAGUGGCGACGGCAGAGGGUAUGCGCCCUGUGCAGCGCGGAGCACGGCGCAUGUCAAGCCAGGCCGCCCAGAGCCCCAUUGGACGCAAUCGCAACUCACAGAUGCCGCAAUGAACUUAGAGGAGACCAGAUAUGGACACUCAAUACGACUUCACCCAAAUACGAAUGUACGAAUA